AUGACUCUUAACCCGAUCUUGCCCCAGCCUGCCUGGGUUGAUCCUCUACCAAGUGACCACAUCUUUGCAUCUGAGUCUCACUUUCGCAGCAAUCCUGAGAUAGGAGUCUUUGUCUUUUGUUGUCAAGGAUUCAGCAACUGUCCACUCCAACUCAGCGAGUUUUGGGCCGGCGACGUGUCUCAGCAGCGAUCGCGGCGGACAAUGGACGACCAACACUGGUUCCAACACAUGGCUGCGGAUAGUGGAGAUGAGGCUUUUGCGACCGAGGACCUUUAUAACGACUGCUUCCCGGUUACUGACGCGAGUGCGCCAUACGGUAGGAGCCAAACGAAUGCCGUUGGUGUCUCAGCCGUAAACGUCGGAAGGGAUUUUGGUCCGAGUCCCGCUCAACAGAAUAAACCAGCGGGAAACGAGCAAAUGUUUUUGCCAAACUUGCGUCUAGCAAACGGAUACGCUCGAGGCUUCGGGGCCAAUUAUGACGCCCGCCAGUAUCCUUGGCAGGCGUACAACAACACCGGAGCCAACCAAACCACCAACUACCUCGACUACCCUGACGGCCUACCCGACAACCAAUGGCAACAUAAUAUGCCCGUCUUCGGUGAACCAUUGGAGGGUCCUCAGGUGAGCCCCAGCAGCUUCUCGUCGUCGAUUCCGUCUUCGGCAACAUCCGACGCUAUGGCUGCGAUGACCCUAGAUUCUAUGGCGGCACAUAGCAAUGCAAUCGGAACUCCACGAGCGAAUAACUCUGUCUCCGGCUCGGAAGCCUCUGGAAACACUUGGGCAUCGGGUUAUCCUCCUACCAUUUCUCCCAAGAUGCUGCGCCUCAACCCGUCGCCGACCCAUACUUCAUCGUCAGAGUCAAUCCAUACCAAUAUGCUAGCCAGCUGCGAUCCCGAUGUUGGCACAUCUACUGGGAACCCUCCUUUCGGUCACCAGCUUCGCAGUCCGUUCAAUCCCAAUCGACAAGUCCACAAGCCACGUAAAGAACUUCCAAGCAAGCCAAUGAAACCGCGCUCGUUACCGACGGCUCCUUUCGCAUCAAAGUCGAGAGACAAGAAGCAAGCUCCUCCACAACUGCCCUCGGGGCAACUAGAGUUGCCUCAAAAGCCCAAGGUAUCUCAGGAGAUACAGGAACCACAGAGCAGCACAACAUACGAAUUCGAAGCUUCCCCUGUCCCUUCUUCCCAGGGAAAUGGCGACAUGAGACUAAUUGAGGAAACUCGCUCUGCCAAAGACGAAUUCCUAGUUAGGGCGAAGAGGGAGGGCUUGACGUAUCGCGAGAUCCGCAAGAAGGGGAACUUCACCGAAGCCGAGUCGACAUUGAGAGGACGCUUCCGAACACUGACCAAGGACAAAGAGGCGCGGGUGAGGAAGCCGGAGUGGCGAGACAACGACAUCCGCCUGCUCAAGAAGGCAGUCCGAAAGUUAUGUCGCGGCGAGGAUAGCAUGCCGACUAAAGCACCAUGGGGACAGAUCUCUGAAUACAUCGUAAAGAACGGCGGCUCGUACCAGUUCGGCAGCGCUACAUGCCACAGAAAGUGGAAGGAGCUGGUGGAAGAGGGCAAGACGGGAAUGAAAAAAAGCAAAGGACAGGUGUGUACUUACAACGACGGGACAUCAACAUAG